GAGAAGAAGGUGGGGAGCUGUGGAGGAGCCUCCCACCCGUGAGCUUGAGUGGAGGCAAAGGAGCGAGCCGGGUUUCUGUGUCUGCAACGGGGAAGAGGCGAGAAGCUACGCAGGUGAUGGUAGGGAGUGGCCGGUGAUGCUGUAAACUGCGAACGAUGACCCAAGCUUAGUAUUGCAGAGGGAUUUCAUAGUGGAGUGAAAAGGACUUUAAUUACUGGUUCACAUGCUCACAUCGCUUUGAAACUGAAGGAGAAAAGGACCGUACAUCCAUCUUUCUUCCUUUCGAGACCACCCUGUUUACAGAGAAGUUAUGGAGAUGCUGAUGAAUGGCAGGGGAUGCAUUAUAUGUCUUCUGUUCUUCAUGGGUAACCUAACAAUAGCGGCAGAAAUGCCUGCAAUGGAGAUUGAGAUUCCACCAAGAGUUGAGCAAGUGCCGACAAUUAUAAAACAGUCAACAGUGCAGGUUGCAUUUCCUUUCGAUGAAUAUUUUUCACUUGUAUGUGAAGCUAAAGGAAAUCCAGAACCAAGUUUUCAUUGGACAAAGAAUGGAAACCCCAUUGAUCUACUCUCUGACCAGCGGAUCAUUGUAUCAAACAAUUCAGGAACAUUUAGGAUUCCAAAUGAGGGAAAUGUAGCUGACUUUCAAGGGAAAUAUCGCUGUUUUGCUUCAAAUAAAUUAGGAACUGCCGUGUCUGAAGAAAUUGAAUUUAUCGUCCCAAGUGUACCAAAAUUCCCCAAAGAAAAAAUUGACCCUCUGGAAGUGGAAGAAGGUGAUUCAAUUGUCCUGCACUGCAAUCCCCCUAAAGGAAUUCCACCUUUACACAUCUACUGGAUGAAUAUAGAUUUGCAGCACAUUCCACAAGAUGAAAGAGUAUACAUGAGCCAUAAGGGUGAUCUGUAUUUUGCAAAUGUGGAAGAAAAUGACAGCCGAAGUGAUUACUGUUGCUUUGCAGCAUUUCCAAGACUAAGAACUAUUGUACAGAAAAUGCCAAUGAAACUGACUGUGAAGAGUUUAAAGCAUGCUAAUGACUCAAGUUCACGAAAUGCCACUGGUUCUAAGGCAAAUUCAAUCAAGCAGAGGAAACCAAAAAUGCUUUUGCCUCCUGACACUUCUGGCAGCCAUUCUUCAGUUACCUUCCUCAACGGUAGCACUCUCCUGCUUGAGUGUUUUGCUGAAGGCCUGCCAACUCCACAAAUAACCUGGAAAAAGUUGGAUGGAAAUUUGCCCAAGGACAGGGAAGCACAAGAAAAUUUUGGAAAGACCUUGAAGAUAGAACAAGUGUCUAAUACGGAUGAAGGAACUUAUCUCUGCUCAGCAAGCAAUUUUAUGGGAUCAGCUAAACAUGAAUUUCAUGUUACUGUGGAAGAGCCCCCUCGCUGGACACAAAAACCAAAAAGCGGUGUGUAUAGUAUUGGGAGCAAUGCAAUCCUGCGAUGUGAAGCUUCUGGCAAUCCUCAGCCUGAGAUCAAGUGGAAAAGGAAUGGCUUACCUGUGAAUAAAGAAAAUCUUGUCUCCAGUGGUCAGAUCUUACCAAGAGAGAUUAGUCUUACCAAUUUGCAACUUGAUCAGAGUGCUGUGUAUCAGUGUGAAGCCUCAAACAAGCAUGGCACCAUUCUGGCCAAUGCCAAUGUUGAUGUGUUAGAUAUUAUUCCAGUAAUGCUGACCUUAGAUGGUGAAAACUAUGCUGCAGUCAUUGGUUAUAGUGCUUUCUUACACUGUGGAGUUUUUUCCUCACCUCCUGCACAGAUAACUUGGCAGAGGGAGGACAGUGUCACCCCCCUUGGAGGUCCACGAUUCUUUAAAUCUGAAAAUGGAACGCUAGAGAUAAAACACACAACAAAAGAAGAUUCUGGGUCAUAUAACUGUUUGGUGACCAAUGCCAAAGGAAAAACUGGAGUCACGGCCUACCUGGCUAUUAGAGAUGCUACAAAACUUAGAGUUUCUCCAAAGAAUCCUAAAGUUUUGAAAUCACAUUUGCUGGUUUUGCAAUGUCAAAUAGAGCUUGACUCCCAUUUGAAACACAGUUUAAAAUUAUCCUGGACUAAAGAUGGAAAUGAGCUUGAAACCAAUGGCACAGAAGGUGACAGGAUAAUGAUUGAAAUGGAUACAUUGUCUAUAUCAAAUAUCACUUUAGAGGAUGAAGGUGUUUACUCCUGUUUAGCUAGCACUUCUCUAGACAGUGUCAAAGCUGAUUCUCAUGUAAUUAUCCUGGAUGUUCCGGAUUCACCUGAUAAUCUACACCUUUCAGAAAAGCAGAAUAGGAGUGUCCGGCUGACAUGGAAAGCUGGGAAUAGCCACAACAGCAUAAUUAAUGAAUUCAUUAUAGAAUAUGAAGGGAAUAAAGAGGAUUCUGAAAAGUGGGAAGAAUUAACCACAGUUCCAGGGAAUGAAACUACAGUCAUUUUAUCACUGGCUCCUUAUGUAAAAUACAAGUUCCGUGUUAUUGCCGUGAAUGGUGUUGGGAGAAGUCAACCUAGCAAGCCCUCGGAACAUCAUGAGACACCUCCUGCAGCUCCAGACAAGAAUCCAGAAAACAUAAGAGUCGAUGCUUCUGAACCAAAUGAAAUGAUCAUGAAAUGGGAACCUUUGAAGCCCAUGGAGCAGAAUGGACCGGGGCUGGAGUACAGAGUGAGUUGGAGGCGACAGGGGGUUGAAACGGACUGGAAUGAAGAAACUGUAAAAAAACAUGUCUUGGUGUUGAAAAACACCCCAACCUUUGCUCCUUAUGAUAUCAAAGUUCAAGCAAUAAAUCAGUUUGGUUCUGGACCUGAGCCCCAGAUAGCAACUGGAUAUUCUGGAGAAGACUAUCCUGAUGCAGCUCCAUUGAAUGUUGCUGUGAAUAUAAUAAACAGUACACUUAUUAAUGCAACCUGGUCUAAAAUCCCCAAAGAAAGGGUACAUGGACACCUGAAAGGAUAUAAGAUCAGUUGGUGGAAAACAAAAACUUUGUUGGAUGAAAGAAAACAUCAUCAAGAAAAACACUUUUUAGUGUUUUUGGGUGACAGAGACCAUGGCAUGGUUCCAGGCCUAGAACCAUAUAGUGAAUUUCAUUUAUCUGUCUUAGCCUUUAAUUCAAAAGGUUCUGGACCUGAAAGUUCACCUAUUAUCUUUCAAACCCCAGAAGGAGUACCUGAACAACCAACCUUCCUAAGGAUUCUCAAUUUUGAUAAAGAUGCUGUAACUUUAUCUUGGGGGCUUCCUAAGAAAGCAAAUGGCCGCCUAUCAGGCUAUGUUUUGCAAUACCAAAUAAUUAAUGAAACAUAUGAAGUUGGAGCAUUAAAUGACAUCAACAUUACAAACCCUUCAACACUCAGCUUGAGGCUCUCAGAUCUUAACUCUACCACGAAAUACAAAUUCUACUUGAGGGCAUGCACUUCAAGUGGCUGUGGAAAACCAAUAACAGAAGAAGGCUGGACAAUAGGAGAAGGGAGUAAAAGUACUGGGAAGAUUUCAGAAGCAGUAAACCCCACACAAAAGAUUCACCCAAUUGAGGUCCUUGAGCCUGGAACUGAGCAUACAGUUCAUCUAGUGACUAAGAAUUGGGUUGAUAACAAUAGCAUUUUUGAAGAUGUAAUUGAGACAAAGGGGAGAGUGUAUGCUGGCAUAUACGAUGGACUCUCCACCCAGGGCUGGUUUAUUGGAUUGAUGUGUGCAAUAGCUCUCCUUACGUUAAUAUUGCUAACUAUUUGCUUUGUCAAAAGAAACAAAGGUGGAAAAUAUUCAGUGAAAGAAAAGGAAGAUUUACAUCCAGAUCCAGAAGUUCAAUCGAUAAAAGAUGAAACUUUUGGAGAAUACAGUGACAGUGAUGAAAAACCACUCAAGGGAAGUCUUCGGUCCCUUACAAGGGAUAUUCAAGUCACCGAGAGUGCUGAUAGCUUGGUUGAUUAUGGAGAGGGAGACCACGGACAGUUCAACGAAGAUGGUUCAUUCAUUGGUGCUUACACUGGAUGUAAGGAAAAAGGAUCCGUUGAAAGUAAUGGGAGCUCUACAGCAACAUUUCCUCUUCGGGCAUAAACUCAACAUGCAUAAGCAACAUGUGUGGUUAAUUUCCAUCUUAUACAUGUAUUGAUACAAAUAAUCAAAUUUUACCACACUGGAUCAGAAAUGGGUUACAGACAAGUUUUGUCAAAAGCCUAGCAUUAAGCAAAUAUACUAAGAAAUGUGUCACUGCCACAAAAGGAUAAGUUAAUCAUACUCUUCAGACACUGUAUGGGGUACGCACACUGGGGAAGAACAGAAAGACAAACAGUCCAGAUUCAAUUCAAUAGGUCCCAAACCACCGGUAAUCAGUGUUACAUGUGUGCCUGUAUUUGCUGUUCUGCGUGUUCUCAUAAUUCUUGACACCUUGUAUGCUUUCAUCACUUUGAAUGCCCACUUGCAUUCAGUAUCACAAUGUUGCAAAUCUUGACCUUAUUUCAUAGAAGUUGAAAAAUGAAAAAAAAAAGACGGAAAUUAAAGUCACAUGGUAUGCCUCAUUGAAAGAAUUCAUGAAAGAAAAGCAUUCCAUAUCUGGCUUAUUCAGUGUUGACUAUAAAGGAGUCUGUCUAUGUGAUUCUAGUUAGGUGACUGUGAUUCAUCCAGAUCUGGUUUGGUGUCCAAUUUUCCCAAAGGAAAAAAGCUCACACAAGUUUCAGAAACUUUGACAGUGUUCGUGGUGCUUUUUUGGGCUCUUUUUGGUAGUAAUCAAUUAAAGAGCCAUCUGCCGUAGAAUGUCUGCUUGCUAUAGAACAAGAUUGGGUGUUCAUACAGUGCAGAGAGCCCAUUUUCAACUUCAAAUACUAAGAGCCACAUUUCUUCACUUACCACUCUUGCUUGCCCCAUGUGUGUAUAUCUGAAUGCUAGCAUACGAUUCAUGAAUGCAUUGUACAUAUUAUGUUAAUAUUUACGCAAUUUAAAUAUAGAUGUGUUUCAUUUGGAAGUGAGGCAUGGCAUUAAAUGUGGGCACCUAUACAGUUAUGGUAUUUGGAAAGGGAUCUUUUUGCACCUUGCAGAACUACAGCAGUUAAAAUGAACUUUCAAAUUGGAAACAGAUUUUGAGUAACCUUUUCAAGUCUUUCUCAAAAUAACUUCUGAAUGUGGAGGGUAAUUUUUUCAUAUUGUUUUCAAUAUAUUUAUUUUUCAGUUAACUGGGUUUGUAAAAAAAAAUGCUUGAAGUGGAGGUUCCUUUGGGCAUGGUUGCCUGCAUUUUAUUUCAAGCAUCUUCAAUCUUUUUUGUUGUCAUUCUGUUUCACUCUCUGAAGCUCAGUUAAGCCUUAGAACUGCUUUUCUGGCCUAUAGGAUAACACUUAGUUUUUAAUUAAAUAUAUAUUUUGUGUGAAACAGUUAACUUAAAAUAAUCCACUUCAACUCCAGCUAAGUGUAACUUUUUAUUGUGGUGUUAACACAAUUUUAACAGCUUUAAAAGCAUCUAUUAGAAGUGUAUUGGGUGAAAAUGAUUUGCUCAGCAUUCAGUUUUAUGGCUGAGGGCUCUUGAUGCAUAAUGAUAGUGAAAAUGUAGCAUCUGAUUACUUAGUACCAUAAGCUAAAUCCUUGACUUAAAUCUACUUAUAACCCCACCUGAUGAUAAUUGAAAUGGUCAUUAGGAUUGGGAUUCACCAAUUUUCAACCUGUUAUUGUCUUUUCUGUUCAAAUAUGUAGACAGAAAGUGAAUGGUACCCACAAACAAUGCAUCUGAGGCUACAUGAAACAAGUCUUCUCAGAUUGCAUUAUAUUGUUGGAUGGAUCCCAAACACAUUUUCCUCCUCUGUAUUAGUAUGUCUACCUGGUGCUAGAAAGGGUUAGGGUUAAGGUUGAGGUGAAAGAGAAAGCUCAGAGGGAAAGCCAAAUGUGGCCCAUUGACAGACAAGCCUUUUUUCUUUUUUCAAAAAUCUCAAUUCUCCUCCCUCAUACACAGAACACCCUACUGAAAACAUGUUUCAGUGAAAUAUUUUGUUAGCCAAAACUAGUUUCCACAUAACGUGCCUGUUGGGUGGAUCAGUGAAUUUCUUCCCAAAAUGAUUGUCUAACGUUCAUGAACCCAACUACAGUAUUCAUUGGAAAUAAAUUUAAAUGAUUGGAACUCCCUCAGGCCUUUUAAAACCCCAGAAUCUCCAUAUCAAAUAACCUUGAUCUGUGAGUUACCCAGAUUUCCAUUGCAGGAAAGUAUAUGUAUGGCUUAAUCUCUAGCUAUGAGAGAACUACAGUUACUAGCUCACAAAAAUGCCCAAGGCUGUAUGGUUUGGAAGUUACUUCUGAUUCUGUGUGAAUGACUCUUUCUCCUUAGCAUUGCAUCAGCAAAGGGAUACUUACACAGAGAACAUAUAUGUUAGAAAUAUUAGUACUCUAUCAUUUAUGGAGCAAGUGGAUUAUUGAAAGAUUUGCUUAUUCCCCCAUCUCUUCUCUCCUCACCAAAAAGAAACAGACAAAUGAGUUUCCUUGCUACUUGAAAUAGGAUGCUGACCUCAGAACCCAGGCCCAUGACUUCAGUCCCAGCUUUCUGUAAGCAAUAGGUUUUGUAGGCCAGAAAAAUAGAUAAAUGCUUUAGAAUUGGAACUGUCUUGGCUAAUUUGGUUACCUACUUUAUACCGAUCUUCAACUUAAACUGUAAACUCAUGGUGGGCAGGGACUGUGUCUAGCAACUCUGUUAUGUUGAACUCUCCCAAGUGCUUAGUACAGUGAUCUGUACACAGUAAGUGCUCAAUAAAUUCAGUUGACUAUAUUGUUAAUGUUAAAUGCUUAGACUUCUGUAUCUGGGCUGGAGCAUAUACAGCACAAGGUUCAGUUUAGUUCCCAAGGUCCCACCACUAUCCUGGACUCAUAGUCCAGAUUUGCCAGAGUGCUUAGGGAUCCUAUGUCCCCAGCUUCCUAUUUCAAGUUCACUGAGGUGGGAGAGAAAGACAUUCAAGCUUGAGGUGGUGUCCCAAUGUCCCAUUUUUUUUUGUUUUUGUUUUCACAAAAACUAUGCGGGUAGCCUAGAGAUAAGGGAAAUGACUCAGUCAGUCAAGACAUAGAGACUGAGCUGAAGAGUGAAGAAGAAAAAAUGUCAAUUCCUUGAAUUGCCACACUACCCUAAUUCAAAAAGAUUACAUUUUCUAGGUAAGGAAAGGCUGGUUCACUUUUUUCUUGAAUGAAUUAUCCGACUACAGGACUCUGACUGCUUAGGAUGUGUGUAGGGCCUAUUGUAUCAGCUAUGAUAUCUAACUUCUAAUAUGAUUGCUUUUGAUAUACUGGCAUGGCUAUAUCAUGAAGCAUUGGUAUUUUCGAUCAAUGUGAGUUUAGUAUCAACUGUUCUAGGCAAUAUGCUAUCAACUAUUGCUAAGUUGUAUCAUGUAUAUAUUUUGCAAGCCACAAACUAAUAUGGAUGCUUUUUUCUAUUAAAAAAUUUCAAAUAAA